AUGACAGGAAGCUCGCCACAGCCCGGCGACAACGAUCCCCACCAUGACAAGAGCCCGACCGAGUCCAGCAGCGCUGGUGUAGCGCUCAAGCACCCACCAGCCAGCGACGCAACAACAACAGGCCCAAUGGAGGAGUUCAGGGUUAACACAGGCGCUGGCGCAACCUCUGACGAUGAAACCGAUGACACAUUAGAGCAGUCUAGUGAUGAGGAUGGUGAAAGGGAGGAAGAGGGCGAGGAAGAGGCAGAAGAGGGCGAGGAAGAAAGCGAGGAUGAAGAUGAGGAGCCAAAGCUCAAGUACGCGCGAUUGACCCAACACCUCGGGCCCCUUUACCGCAAUGGAGAUGCGACAAGCACCUUUCUAGUUGCUGGAGACAAACAGAUCAUAGGAACACAUAAUGGAAACAUCGUCGGUAUCCCUAACCUGCAUUGGCACGAAAUGCAUGUUAUUCAACUCCCUGUUUUCCAACCAUUACGAGUCUAUCAUGCCCACUCAGCCUCUGUUACAGCCGUUUCCAUCUCCCCAUACCCUCCACCACUGUCGACGCUCAGACCCGAUGCCACCCCGAAAGCUACUCCAAGUAGCCCUCGAAGACCGGGUUCAUCUAUCGGCGAAGGCCAUGUUGUCCCAACACCACCACCGAGAAGGGCCACCCAACUCCAAAACACAGUGCCGAAUACCCCGUCCAACAAUAUUUACAUUGCUACCUCGUCGAUGGAUGGAAAUGUCUGUGUACAGUCUCUGGUCGAUGUCAAGGAUGUGUCGCUGCGCAACUUUGCUCGCCCUAUCCAAGCCGUCGCUCUGUCUCCAGACUACAAGCACGACAAGACAUAUCUUUCUGGCGGGUUGUCGGGUCAGCUAAUUCUGACGACGGGUGCGCCGCUCGGUCGAAGUACUGCCACAACAACGGGGGCAGCUGCGCAGGCGGCAGGUUGGCUUGGUGGCAUGGUCGGCGCCAGCACAGGAAAAGAUACCGUUUUGCACUCUGGCGAGGGAACUAUCAACACCAUCAAGUGGUCUUUGUCGGGAAAAUACGUCGUCUGGCUGAACGAACAUGGCAUCAAGAUCAUGCGUACAAAGCUUCAUCUGGAGAGCGCCGAUGCAGACGAUGCCUGGAAGCGCAUCGGCCACAUUGAUCGGCCUCAGACGGCAGAGUGGGAGACUAUGGCCAGCGUGUGGAAGGGAAGGGCUGAGUGGAUCGACGAGCAAGCCGUCGAGCCUGAUGAGCCUGAGAAGGAAUCUCAUGAAGUCCUCCUUUCGCCAGCUGCGGAAAGACUGAAACAACAGCAGGUCAAGCACAGCAAGACGAUAGAGCGUCUCUUGGUUGGUUGGGGUGGGACCAUCUGGAUCAUACAUGUUCACCCCGGGGGCGUCGGCGUUGGAAAGCAUGCCGGGGAGAAGUCCGCUGGCCGGGCAGAGAUUGUAAAGUUACUUCGUAUGGAUUGCAUUAUUUCUGGCAUUUCGUUAUAUACCCAAAACUUGAUAUUAGUUCUCGCCUAUUGUUUGCCGGACGACGACGACGCCAACGACCAAGACGACGGUACCGCGGCUCGCGGCCACAAGCACACAUUAUCCAGUGGUAGCGAGCCAUCAGGCGGAAUUCGUCGCAAGCAAAACAACCAGCCUCCCGAACUGCGGCUGAUCGAUCUCACUUCUCAGGCAGAGGUCGACAAAGAUGGCCUGACGCUCAGCCGGUUCGAAAGGCUUUCGUCCAAUGACUACCACCUUGGUGUCUUGCCAGCUCAAACAGUGGCUGCUGCUGCCUCUAGUAGGGGCGCCCUGGAGACGUUGGCUGGGCUGGGCACUGAGAUGCUCAACGCGGCUCUCAACCCUAUCUCUCUCUUCAGCUCAGGUGCCAGUAUCAGAAGCAAGGACAGCAACGAGGGCACAUCGCCUGUCAAGAUUGCUGCCGCGUCGGCUCUCUUGCGAUCAAAGGGUGGAUCUGUGCAUCCAAAUCUCACCAAACCCGGAGUCAAGAUCUUUAUACAUAGUCCGUAUGACUGCAUCCUCGCGACAAGGAGAGAUUUGGGGGAUCAUCUGUCGUGGUUGUUGGAGCGACAGCAGUACCAGCAAGCAUGGGAGCUUGUCAACGAGCACCCCGAGAUCAUGUCGACGGCUGUCGACACGAGCCCAUUAUCGCCGGACCAUACUCAGACAACUGACGACUUUUACGAUGAGACCGCUUCCCUUGCCGAGGGAAUGCAAUCGAUGUACUCGGCGGCAGAAAAGGAAAAGAGGCGGAUCGGCGAACUGUGGCUGCAAGAGCUGGUUGAGGCUGGCGACUGGGUACGAGCUGGACAGACCUGUGGAAAGGUUUUGGGAACUCCGGACCGCUGGGAGAAGUGGGUGUGGACAUUUGCUGGGGCGAACAAGUUUGACGAGAUUGUCAAUCACAUCCCUACCGAGCGGACACGGCCCCCAAUCCCGGGAACCAUCUACGAGGUUGUGCUUGGGCAUUACCUCGAGACGAGCAAACCCCAGUUCCGCGAGCUUUUGGAGAGAUGGUCUCCUGACUUGUUCGAGAUUACCACCAUCACGACAGCCUUGGAGAACCAGCUCAACUACCGAGAAGUGAGGGAAGACAGCGUGGAGGAUGGCGAGGUUGGGCGCGACUGGCGCAUCGUGAUGGAGAGUCUUGCCAAGCUUCAUGAAGCCAACGGCAGGAAUAGGGAGGCUCUCAAAUGCUACAUCAAGCUGCAGGAUGCGGACAACGCGAUGAGGUUGAUCAAGGAUGGGCAUUUGGCUGAUGCCGUGGCGGAUGACAUCCCUAGCUUUCUCACUCUUCGUGUUCCUCAAGGUCAGGCCAAGAUGUCGAAUGAUGAGCUGGAACAGGCGACUCAUGAGGCGAUUACCCUGCUGGUGGACGAGGCACAGCAUGGACUGGUCAAGCCGGAUGUUGUGGUGGAGCAGCUCCAGGAGAAGAAAUUGGAUCUGUACACGUUCUUUUAUCUUCGGGGUUUAUGGCGGGGGCAGGGGAUUCACGAACAUAGCGGGGAGUCGAGGGCGAGGCUUGUGACCGACAGUCAGUCUCUGGUGGACAAUUUUGCUGAUUUGGCGGUGCAUUUGUUUGCAAAGUAUGACCAGGGACUGUUGAUGAGCUUUCUCAAGACUUCGACUGCGUAUGCGUUUGAGGAGGCCGUCAAAGAAUGCGAUCGAUACGAUUACAUCCCCGAGCUAGUCUACCUGUACUCCAAGACUGGGCAGAUGAAGCGCGCCCUGACGCUCAUUAUUGAACGGCUGGGCGAUGUCAGCCGCGCGAUUGCUUUUGCCAAGGAACAAGACGAUCCUGAUCUUUGGGAGGAUCUGCUCGAGUAUAGUAUGGACAAGCCCCGGUUCAUUAGGGGGUUGCUUGAGGAGGUCGGGACGGCGAUCAAUCCCAUCACUCUUGUCAGACGGAUUCCAGAGGGGCUGGAGAUUGAUGGUUUGAGGGAGGGGCUGAAGCAUAUCAUGAAGGAGCAUGAUAUCCAACACAGUAUCAGCUCGGGCGUGGCAAAGGUGUUGAGGAGUGAGGUGGCGGCGGCGCAGAAUUUGCUGAGGAGUGGGCAGAGGAAGGGGGUGAAGUUUGAGGUUGUGGUUAAGGGGGGCGAUCAUGCUGAUGUCAGGGCGAAGGAUGUGCCUACUGUUGUUGGGGAGAAGCAUGAGGUUGUUGAUGAUGGGGUUGAUAAUGAGGAGGUGCCUAAGCCGCCGGGGAAGAAGUGGGCGUCGGGGCAUUGUGCGGGGUGUUGUGAGGCGUUUACGGAGUGGGAGAUGGAGACGUUGGUUGGGUUUGCCUGUGGACAUGUGUAUCAUUUGUCGCAUUUGCUGGAGAAGAUGCACCCGGGGGAGAGGGUGGAUCAGAGCUUGGUGAGUGCGGUUGGGGAGAGUGUGUCGCAUCGGAUAGGGGCCAAGGUGACGCAUGCGAUGUUGUUGAGGGACAAGAUUGCGGGCGGGUGUCCUGUUUGCAAGGAGGCGGAGGAGACGUGA